ACCGGUGCUGAGAAACCAUCAAUCAGACAUACAUGCGGUAACAUCACAGAGCAUGAAGGCACUUCCUUAAAAAAAUGUUGAAAAUUUUGGAUUGUGUCCAGCAAAUUACAUCUUUCGAACAUCAACAAUGGAUUAUCACGUGACUCGACAUGAAAUUUGAGUACGGCGACGCUCGGAAGAAUCGCAUUUCUACAGGUCUGUGGUUUGCACCCAUCAAUUGUAUUUAACCUAAUGAAAAACCGGAUCCGGAGGAUUCGCACAAGCGACGAAUCAUUUACCGAAUUGCGGAACGAAGUCUAUAAAUAAGAGCCAUCUGAACGGAUAACCGCAAGUCUAUUCUUCCUAGUGUUUGCCAAUGCGAGUUCUGCCGCCAUUUCACUGUGAAUGAUUGAAUGAUCAGUGCAAUUUAAAGUGUCGGUGAUAAAGGUAACAAGGCAGAAGAAAACGGUGAUUUAGCGGAACGUAUAAUGUCUAGCUACGAUGAGAUGAUUCUGGCUGGAAACACUCUAAAACCAAAAAUUUCGUCACAUUCGUAGAUCGCACGGUUCCCUACGCCUUCGGCUUUACUUAUCAAUCAUUGAAUAACAGCUGUGCAGUACACUCUCAACUAGGCCCAACGACGAAGAGCACAAUUGAAUUCAGUUAUCAUUGUCGGUUAGUGUUAGAGAACGUUAGUGUUAGCGAAAUUCUAGUCGCCUUUUGCAUUGUGGAAUAUUCUUAAAUCUAAAUAAGAAACCAAGCAUCAUGCCAAGCACGCCGGAAAGCUUUUCAACGCUUCCAAUUGCCUCCUGUCAGCAGGCGUUAGAAGACUUGCUUCGAAAGGAAUUGCCGAACAGUGAUCUAUCAUCUCUGAAAAUACAGGCCGGCUCGAAUAAAGGUGACAACUAUAGUUGCAUUAUUUAUCGUGCUCAAGUGAAAACUGGAAACAAAUCAACGGUUAGCAUCAUCGCGAAGUUACCUCCACAGGAUGAAACUCGACGCAACCAGUUCUUCGUGAGAGCUUGUUUUGAGCGAGAAAUCUUAAUGUACAGCGAGGUAUUUCCUAUGAUGAUGGAGUUCCAGCGAUCCAAAGGAGUAGAUCCUAACGAGGGUUUCAGUCAUAUACCCACCUACCUACAAGGUAGCCUAACCGACCAUGAGGAAGCAAUCUUCAUGCGUGAUUUGUGCGAAGAAAAAUUUGUGAUGGUGGACCGAUUUAGGAUAAUGACCGUUGAUGAGUGUUUAUUGAUGAUACGGACCUUGGCUCGGUUUCAUGCAAUUUCUUUUGCACUAAAAGACCAGCAACCGGAACGAAUGAAACGAUUCCAACAGAUGUCGGAUAUUUUGUCACUUCCGGAAGCCGAUCAGUUGAUGCAAACAUUCUAUGCUCAAAUGGGUGCUCGAGCGCUCGGUUUGCUAGACGAGAAACAAGAGCCUGAAGUGUAUACCAAAACCAAACGACUCCUAGCAUUGUCGUGGACCGAAUUGGCGAAGAAUUUGCUGGCGGCAGAACCCGCCGAGCCGUAUGCCGUCAUAGGACAGGGAGACUGUUGGCAAAACAAUCUCCUGUACAAAUACGAAAACGGAAAACCGGUUGACAUUCGCUUGCUCGAUUGGCAGUGCUCCAGGUAUGGCUCACCAGUUUUGGAUCUAACCUACUUCAUCUUCUUGGUUACGGACAAAGCGUUUCGCGAUAAAUACUAUGAAAAACUGCUAAGCGUUUACCAUACGACUUUGUCGGAGUUUGUACGCCGAUUGGGUUCCGAUCCCGAGCGACUGUUCCCAUGGGACGCUUUUCAAGCACAGCUACUUCGCUUCGGCCAUAUGGGACUAGUGAUGGCUACCAUCGGUUUGCCAAUAAUAACUACCAGACCCGAGGACGUGCCCGGUUUAGAAGGUUGGUCAAAGCAAGUGCAAGAUGGCGAGAUCACCGAACAAAGCUUUUGUUCAAAGGAUUUAGAAGCAGUGUACCGGAAAAACAUGACAGACUGCUGUCGGGACAUGGUCCGGUUUGGAUAUAUCUGAUAAGAGAAGGGGAGAUUCGUUAUUUAUAAAUUUCGCAGCAAUUGGUUGAACGUGUUCAUUGAAUAAAUUUUAAAUACAUUCUACAAGGUGACAAGAAACUACAUUCUAAAAUCAGAUUUGAAACUUUGGAACCAAAUUGUGUGAACAAACUUGUUUAUCAAAAAGUUAGCAAUUAAGUUAGUUGUAUGGUCGUUUCCCUUCUCUUGACAGGAAGGUUUGGAUCGCUGCGAAUGAUGACAGCUCUAAUAAGGUUGAAAAGUCAUCAUUUGGGAUUAGCCACGCAAAAUUAAUUAACCCUCUAGUGCCCAAAUUAAUUUUCAGACGGACUUCGAAAAAAGCACUUUGAAACUUUACAAACAAUUUUUAAGUAUUGAUUGAAGUUUUUUUGAGGUUCAACUGAAGACCGUCUAAAGGCGGUACUGGGCACUAGAGGGUUAAUUGACGAUUUUUAGUUGAAUUCGAAUUCCAAAAUUCGUGUUCCAAACAAAAAAAAAUAUGUUUAAGGUUUUGAAUCAUUUCUGCUAAAGACUUCGCACAAACAAUCAAAAGCAGUACAUAUUAUUUUCACCCGCGAAUUGAGAUGAAGAUUAGAAGAAAAGAAUGAAACGAUCACGUAAAAUCAGUGAAUAUGCAGCAAUUGGAAUAAUUAAACUCAUCGGACACUCUAAAUAAACGAUUGAUAUAAAAAUCAAAUAAA